GGUCAUAUCACUUUCCAUAGACGGGCGAACCCAUCGUUAAAUUCAUAGGUGCUUUGUUUUAUAGUGGCUGAAACAAGAGAGAAUUUACUGAAAAGGCUGGAAGAGCUACAAGUGACAACGAUUACCUUGUGUGUGUAUCUAGUAGUGCGCUCAUGGAUAAAAAAUAAAAAGAUUACAAUGGGUGCCAGCGAACUAGUUGAGGUGGAGCGUAUUUUAGCUCAUCGAACAGCUAAAAGUGGAGCUACUUCUUAUCUUGUCCUCUGGAAGGGAUUUGGGGUAAAGGACUCUAGCUGGGAGCCAGAAGCUCAUCUCGAGGAUUGCCAACAGGUAGUUUCUGAGUAUCUCCGUAAUCCCCGGCCAAAUGUGACAAAGGCCCAGAUUAUACAGGAGGAAAAACAGAAACGCGAAGAGAUCCAGAAUUUUCCGACAAAACGCCAAGAGUUUCACAUUACUUCCACGCGAACGGCAGAGUCGAUUCACAGACGAGCAACACUCGCUGCAUCUGAACCUAAUAAGACUUUAGACAUAUUGGAUGCUCCCACCACAAGAAAUUCGCCUUUAUCACGUAGCCAAGAUAAGGAAGAACCUCAAUUUGACUGGCGAGGAUUUCUCAAGUUGGGAUUCUCAGUAAGCGCGGUGAUUAUUCUCGUUUUCCUACUAUUUAGCGGUAGCGAUGAUUUCUAUUUUCGCAAAUUCGUCGAAAGCUCGCAAGUGCCGCCACCGGAAACGCAGCCCUAGGGUCGACAGAUCACACGCGUUGCUUGGGGAUUGAUACUAAAGUCACCAACGGCACUGUUUAGAUCUCGCUGAAGUCACUUACGGUUACUGUAGGCAAGAGCUCGAAGGAAGAGAUAAUUAAUAGGAGAAAAAGUAGCCCAUCAUGAAUUUGAGAGUCACAUAAAUGUGUCGGCUUUUUAUGAUCAAAUUGUGAUACACUAAUUACAACUUACUUGAAAGACAUAGUACAACUAGGAUAGAUCAACAUAACGGCAUAUAAACUAACAAUUAUUAUGUCACCUUUAUCGUUGUAGCAAUAUUCCCAUAUACAGUACAAGGUAACUAACAAAAAUCCUGCUGUGUAAAUCCUUAAAGAACUAUUUGCGCAUAUUUGUUCGUAGUAUAUAAAAAAUUGUGUUGACAACAUUACGUACGAUUUAAAGUCAGUCUUUGGUAACAUAAACUUAGAUUAUCGAUGCGGAUUACUCUUCACUAAUAUUUCGAUAUUGCGAGCUCUCGUAACUUUUAUGACUAUUUUAUUGAUGACACAGUGUAAACCUGUAUCUGCAAUAAUGUAGAUUGUAUGACGAGGACCAAAGUGGCCAUAAGAUUUCUCAAAAUAGGCUUUUUUUCUUACAAACAAAGGCUUAAUUCUUCUAAUCGACGAUAUCUGUACAUACGUAUCAUAAAAGAUGUAUAUUAGUCGUCUCAUGAAGAUGUGCAUUGUUUGUUGGUAUAAAUGUUAAAAAAAGGAUGAUACAGUAAAUGCAACGCGCGAAAUAAAAACGAUUCCCCUGCUUGGGGACAUACAGCGAUUGA